CCAGGAAAUGCCCAGGAGAGGGUGUCACCUGGGCAAGCCCGACGACGUGUUGAUUCCCAGGAUCGCCGCCUUCCCGGGUCUGGGCCUCCGAGACCCGAGACCGAUAGCGCUCACCUGUUCCCCAGGCGCGGCCCCGGGGAGCCCUGGGACGCUCCGGGGACCGCUGCUCACCCUUCAACUCCACAACCAUGAGCAAGUUGGGCAAAUUCUUUAAAGGGGGAGGCUCUUCCAAGAGCCGAGCUGCUCCCAGCUCCCAGGAAGCCCUGGCUCGACUUCGGGAGACAGAAGAGAUGCUGAGCAAGAAACAAGAGUACCUGGAAAACCGAAUCCAGAGAGAGCUCAGCCUGGCCAAGAAGCACGGCAAGCAGAAUAAACGAGCUGCACUACAGGCACUAAAGAGAAAGAAGAGGUUUGAGAAGCAGCUCACUCAGAUUGAUGGCACACUUUCUACCAUUGAGUUCCAGAGAGAAGCCUUGGAAAACUCACACACCAACACGGAAGUGUUAAGGAACAUGGGCAUUGCAUCAAAAGCCAUGAAAGCAGUUCAUGAAAACAUGGAUCUGAACAAAAUAGAUGAUUUGAUGCAAGAGAUCACAGAGCAACAGGAUAUUGCCCAAGAAAUCUCAGAAGCGUUUUCUCAACGAGGUGGAUUUGGCGAUAACUUUGAUGAGGAUGAGCUGAUGGCAGAACUUGAGGAACUGGAGCAGGAAGAAUUAAACAAGAAGAUGGCAAAUAUCCGACUUCCAAAUGUGCCUUCCUCCUCCCUCCCAGCACAGCCAGACAGAGUACCAGGUCGCAUGUCAAGCACGUCCUCCGCUGCACAUCGAUCCCGAGCAGCAUCUUCCAGGAGGGCAGAAGAAGAGGAUGAUGAUAUCAAACAAUUGGCAGCUUGGGCUACUUAAAACAGAAUUUUUGGAUGCUGAAAUUAAUGAGCUGUACAUAAGAUGCAAAAAAAUGUUUUUGCCAAAUAUAGAAGUUAACAAAGAUUCUGCUUUAUAUUUAUACUGGAUGAAUAAUUGUCUUUUAAGCCUCACAGGUAAAAGUUAAAAAAGGAGUCAUACGUAGAUUUAGGAUCCAGGAUGGAAUGAGACUUCCUGAUAGCAUUUUGGAGGAUCUCUCCAUACUGAUGGGAGGGGGCAUUCUACCUUGUUCACUAUUAUAUUAUUUCCAGUCCUGGCACAUAGUUGGUACUCUCUAUAUAUUUGUUGAAAGAAAACUGAAUUCUAUGAACAUAUAAAACGUAUAACAGUUUAUAAGCAACUUAAGACUGAUGUAUUUAGGAAAGAUAGGGAAUAUAACUUUCUUUCCUAUGAGAAUGCAAGUUUGCUGUGUGUAUCCAUGUUGUAGCCCAGGGUGAAUGUAUAAGAAACAUAUCUCUUAUAGGAGACACGUUUGUAGAGAAGUCUUGUGUGAGUCUAUACAUAAGUAGUUUCACUUGAGUUUUGCAGUUUAAAAUCUUAAAGGAGUUUUAAUUGACAUUUAUUAUGCCAAUUAAGCUUGGAAUGGGACAAUGGAUGCAUUUCCCAAAAUGUCUGAAAGCACUAACAGCUUACACUGCUGAGCGAGAACCUCCUGGGUGUAAUUUAGUCACUUAGGGGGCUGCAUUAACAUUCCCAGUCCAUUAUGAUGCUGUUAUGGCUUCAGCGUGCUAAAUGUGUGAAUAUUCAUUCUUUUCUGUUUUGUGAUCUCUUGUACAUUUAUUUACACUUUACAUCAUAUUCCUUGUAAAUACAUUAAAAUAUAGGAAAUUAAAAGUAUAUCUUGAAUAAAGUUUUGGCCAUAAUGAUUUUUAAGUGAAAGUACAGCUUUAUGUAUUGUCCAUAAUGGUUCAUGGACCAUAAAAUGACAAACGUCGUUAUAGAAAAUGAUCUAGUAAUUCCCCACAUUUACUUAGGGAAUACAAGGUCUAAUGGGAUGGAAAGAACACUAGACCUGGAGGUAGGAGUUCUGGAUUCCAUCUCCUGCUCUGACACUAACACAGUACAACUAGGCAAGUCAUAAACUCUUGUGUCUUGCCUUUGUGACUUCACUGGGAAAUCUAAGGGUUGGACUUGAUGAUGUCUAAUGGUUCCAUCUUGCCACAGGCCUUUUGCACAUGCUGUUUUUUCUUAGCAGUCUUCCCACCCUCCACAACACAGAUACCACAUCUUGCUUAUCUCUUAAAUCUUAGAGUGUCCUUUGUUUUGGUAAACUUUUCCUGAUUGCACAGACUAAAUCAAGUCUCUGUGUUAUAUGCUUUGGUAGCACUCUGCUUUCUCUCCUAUCAUCUAUCAUGGUUUAUAUUGCAUAUUUACUUGAACAGUCACUUUAUUAUUCUUCUUCCCUGCUGGGCUGUGGUAAUUUGAGGUCAUGGACUGUAUCUCUUCCAGUUCAAUCCCACUGUGUAUCUCUGCACAGUCGCUCACAUACAGUUGGCAUUUAAUAAAGAUUUGUUAAAUGAAUGACUAUUAAGUUUUUACAUCUUUUGGGUCCUGACAGAAUAACAGGAACUGGAUUUACCUUCUACCAUCAAAUGACUAGAAAAUUGGACAAAAUAUAUGAAACAACAGUUUCCAGACUGUUGACAGCAGGCAGCACUAGACUGUGAUUCUUGAGAGGGAAACAAAUGAAACGAGUACUUCCAGUCCCAGUUCACUGCCUUCACAGAGACUGGUGGUCUUACCAAGUGGAGGAAAUCCAUGCAGGAAACUCCUGGAAAGGAGGUUGCUGCAGAGGGAAAGAGAGAGAGAGAGAGCAUGCUGGAGAUCUGCAGGGAGGUCUGUUCAAGUCUUUGGCUCAGAACUGAUCUGUAUACAUGUAUGAGGAAAUUACUGAGGACAGGACGAACCACUGGAAAGAAGUAGGCAGAUCAGUCCCCAGAGCUCACAUAGGGCUAGGAGUAGUUUGUGUUCCCGCUAGCCAUAAGGGAAAGACCUCCUACUACAGGGACAUCAGAUUUAGUCCUUAGAAGGUUAUUGUCUCACUAGUGAGGUCAAAUUAUGCCUAGACUAAAGGCUGUUCUGUGCUCACCCUAAAAAGCUUAAAAGCAAGCUUCAAAAGGGUGAAAUGAUUCCAAGUAACUUACCUGCAUCCCAGAACAAAACCCCCAAAUGCUUAAAGGAAUAUAAAAGCUAAUAAGUACCAACAAAAAAUAAACAACUAAAAUAAAACUGACACCCAACAGCAUAAAAUUUACAAAGUCUGGCAUCCAAUAAAAAAUUUUCAGGAGUGCAAAGAAGCAGGAAAAUACAACCCAUAACCAAGAGAAAAACCAAACAGUAAGAACAAACUCAGAAACGACACAGAUGAUGGAAUUUGAAGGCAAGGGUUAUUAAAACAGCUAUUAUAAAUAUAUUUCAUAUGUUCAUUAAAAUUACUAUAAUAAAUAUACUCCCUAUGUUUGAGAAAGAAGAGAAAAAAAAGCAUGAUCACAAUGAAGAGAGAAAUGGCAGAUAUGAACAAAAGACGCAGAUUAAAAUUCUAGACAUGAAAAAUACAUUAUCUGAAAUGAAAAUACAGAAUAUAGUGGGAGGGAGUAACAUCACAUUAGAUGUUGCAGAAGAAAAGGUUAGUGAACUUAAAGACAUAGCAACAGAAAUUAUCCUAAAUAAAAUACUAAAGAAAAAAAAGAUUGGAAAAAAAUAGAACAAGAGUAAGCUGUGAGACCAUAUUAAACUGUCUAACAUGCAGGUAAUUGGAGUCC